CUCCGCCCGUCCCUCAGCGCCGUGACUUCCUGUCCCAGAAUGCCCCGCGCCGAAUCAUGGACCACAAUGACAAUGAUUUGCAAGGCACCAAUAGUUCCGGCUCCUUGGGUGGUCUUGAUGUUCGCAGACGCAUUCCUAUAAAGCUCAUCUCCAAACAAACCACCAAAGCUAAACCAGCACCCGCUCGUCCUGCCAGGAACAUGAACAGAGGUCCAUCAAAGGCCGGUGAAGAAGAAGAGUUUGAUUAUAAUGAAGAACAACAGUAUGAAUGCAAAAGUAGUGACGUGUUUGGUAGUCAAAGAAGAUUUCCUGGACAUCUCUUCUGGGACUUCAAGAUAAAUUUACUUGGAGAAAAAGAUGAUACCCCUGUCCAUUUCUGUGACAAGUGCGGACUGCCCAUCAGGAUGUAUGGACGCAUGAUACCUUGCAAGCAUGUGUUCUGCUACGACUGCGCUCUUUUGCAUGAGAAGAAGGGUGACAAGAUGUGCCCGGGCUGUAGCGAGUCUGUACAGCGAAUUGAGCAGUGCAUACGAGGGUCUCUCUUCAUGUGUAGCAUUGUUCAAGGGUGCAAGCGAACAUAUUUAUCCCAGAGAGACUUGCAGGCUCACAUCAACCACCGUCACAUGAGAGCAGGCAAACCGGUCGCGCGUCCUCCGCUGGAGCCUGUUCAUACUCCCGUCGCUCCACCUCCUGCUGAAAUCCCCGAGCGGUUCAUAAUGCCUUCGGAGAAGCACCAUCUGAGCCACAUUCCACCCAAGCAGCACAUCAUGAUGCCACCUCCGCCACUGCAGCAUGUGCCGCUCGAGCAUUAUAACCAGCCGCACGAAGACAUCCGGGCAUCCCCAGCAGAGAUGUCUAUGGCUCCUCCUCCCCCUCGCUCAGUCAGUCAAGACACUUUUCGCAUUUCAACAAGAAAACACAGUAAUCUCAUCACUGUGCCCAUUCAGGAUGAUUCAAACUCUGGUACUCGAGAACCGCCGCCGCCUGCCCCGGCACCUGCUCACCAUCAUCCCGAAUACCAGGGUCAACCCGUGGUGUCCCACCCGCAUCACAUUAUGCCGCCACAGCAACAUUAUGCGCCACCCCCUCCCCCGCCCCCACCCAUAAGCCAUCCAAUGCAACAUCCCCCCCAGGCUGCAGGUACUCCUCAUCUGGUUUACAGCCAAGCUCCUCCCCCUCCAAUGACCUCUGCCCCUCCGCCAAUAACUCCUCCCCCUGGACAUAUUAUUGCCCAGAUGCCACCGUAUAUGAAUCAUCCUCCCCCGGGACCCCCGCCGCCUCAGCAUGGUGGCCCACCUGUCAAUGUCAACGCACCCCCUCCCCAUCGCUACAACCCUAAUGCUUUGCCACAGUUCAGUGAAGAUCAAGGAACUCUCAGUCCACCUUUCACGCAGCCAGGGGGGAUGAGUCCGAGCAUUUGGCCCGCUCCGAGAGGGCCGCCUCCACCGCCACCAAGAAUGCAAGGCCCGCCCUCUCAGGCACCGCUUCCUGGACCACAUCACCCCGAUCAGGCCAGAUACAGGCCAUACUAUCAAUGAUAUUAAGAGUAACUUGAACUUAUAUAUGAUAUAGGAAGAAUAACAUUCUAAAUAGGGGCUUUAAAUGAACCUGACUGUUGGGGAGUUCUUAUUUGUCCCCCCCCCCCACUUCAUUUAUAUGAAAAAAUAACAACCCAUGACUGUAAAACUAUCUGGGGACUUUAAUCUUAAGGUAAAAAUUUUAAACCCUUUGACUGUAGGACUUUGAUGCCUGAUAUAUUGUAGUGUUAAGAUAAAGUGGCUCUGUAGUUAACAACUACAUUUUAACAGACAUUGUGCUGUAGUCUGGUUGAUUUACCCCAGAGAUGAAUGUUUGUGAUAUUUCUCAAACAACCAAACAUUUGUUGUACCACACUUAAAGUCUUGUUAAAAGCUGAUGUUUAGUUUCGUUUAUGAUACUUUUCCUUUUUGUUAUUUUUGUCAACCUGUGUAUAAUUAAAUUUAAGAUACGGUUCAAAAACGCUUGCUUCCCCCACCCCCACCUCACAUUAAUAGAAUGUAUUUCUAAUUCUUGUUUAGGGGCAGAAUGGAGUGUAAAGAAAAGAGAGAAAUCAUUGUUUUGUAUUUGUAUUUUUCCAGCCAGUCUCACAACACUUCGUAUAGUUGGUAUCGAGAUGUUCAGAGAAUGAGUAAAAAGAAUAGAUCGAGCAAUCUUGAUGAAUAUUGUGGUCAAGGAAAUGCUUCCUUGUGAAUUUCACAGAAGACAUGGGCGUAUGAAGUCAGAGACUUAUUCAGCUAGGCAUGCCAAAGUUUUUUUUUUUUCCUUUAGCAUUUUUUUUUAGGGAAGUCGUCAAAAGUUUAUCCUAGAACAAUAACAUAAUAGCAGAAGCUCUUAUUCCAAACUUAAGGCACAUCCCCAUCCAUGAAACAAAAUGUGUUUCGCUGUUUACUGAUGAUUCCAUGUUGAGGUGAUUUUGGAAAUAAAUUGUGAUAAUGUUGAAA